AUGGACGGAUUACCAGUGGAAAUAAUACAUCGUAUUUUUGAUCAUCUCGAAGCAUCGACAAUCUUGUUCUCAAUACAAGUACUCUCACGAUCAUUUCGAUCGAUGGUAAAUUCAUACAAUCGAUUUUCAUUGAACUUCAAAAAACUUUCUCAACAACAUUUUCGUCUUCUUUGUCGACUGCUGAGCCCACAACAGAUAAUUUCAUUGACGUUUGCAAAUGAGUUCGACGAAUCAAAUGAGAUCUAUUUGUUUCUCUCAAGUAUCCUUCGUCUUCAAUCUUUUACUCGACUUCAAAAUUUAACUCUGGAACAAAUUGAUGAAUAUCAGUUGCAGUUUUUGUUGAAACGUCUCAAUCUUGCUUCCAUUAGAUCAUUCACUGUAAGCAUUAGAAAAUAUGAUAAACAACUUGUCCGUAUCACGGAGAGCUUACUUACGUCGAUAUUUAUACAACCAACACUUCGCCAGUUAAAUCUCUCGUUGAAAGAACGCCACAUAUUCUACGUGAACUGCAAACUUAUUUCCACAAUUCGACGUUUGUUGAUUUGCAAUUACAACAUUAUCGAUAAUCUGCAUGAAAUAUUUUUGUGUUGUCCUCAUUUACAUACCGUCGUCCUCAAGUAUUGGCACCACCGAGGCCAUCUUGGGAGGAUAUCGGGAUAUAAACUGCGGAGCACUUUUCAACAAAUACGAUCACUAAGUAUUGAAAAUUUUCGCGCAACUAUUGAUACAAUUGAAUCACUUCUGUCGCUAGUACCGUCAUUGAACUAUCUGAAGCUUGUUGGUAGAUCCGAAGAUUGCAUAGUUGAUGGUUCUCGUUGGGAACAUCUUCUACAGACAAGUUUACCUCAAUUAAACAAAUUUGAGUUCUUCUUUCACCAAUAUUCCAACCAUAAUAAAACAUUAGAUGAACUCAAUUACAUUCAUGCCGCAUUUCAAACACCGUUCUGGAUCGACCAUAAACAAUGGUUUACUAUAUUCGGAUAUACUACUGCAAGCAAAACUGAUAUUCGUAUCUACACCAUACCAAUUUGUACGAGUGCAUUCACCUAUGACCUGCAAUGGACACAAUUUCCUUCACCUACAUUAACAGCAAUGACAAUGAAAAACGAUACUGUGAAAGAAAUAACCGUAGAGCUACGCGAAUAUAAUGACAGAGGUAUUGAAAAGAAAGAAACAAUGAAGAACUAUUUUCAUUUUGACAAAGUUACUUGUUUAACACUUAAUCUUUCUUCACAAGAACAUAUACUAUUAUUGGCAUCGAUUUUUGUAACUAUUGAUAUUACAAACAUCAUGCAGAUGACAAUUAGUGGUUUUUCGAUGCCACCUGAUGCUCUAUUGAAAUUAUUGAAUUUCUGCUUCGAAAAAGCACAUAAUCUUCGUUCUUUGGCGAUUGGUGAUUUUUCUUAUGAAUCCGACAGUGAUAUACCGUUUGAAGGUAUAUGUUCGAUUCUUCCACGUCAACUACAACACUUGGAUAUAAAUAUUGUCGAUAUAGAACAAAUCAAGAUGCUUCUAGAGCGUUGUAAAAAUUUAUUAACGCUGAAACUUGGUGUUAGACUACAUAUGAUUGCAGGCAUCAAGCAAUGGUUCGAUGAUAAUACAAUAAACUCGAUGUACUCUGAUGGCUAUUACUUAGUAUUUGUGUGGCUUGGGAAAAUGAACAUUGAAUGUACAAAGAACGAAAUGGUUAAGAAACGCAUGAAAAUCGAUUCAUCAUCAUAA